AUGAAGGCGGGCAACUUGAUAGGGGGCACCUUCAUGAAGAAGAUCACGCUGAAGCGGCAGCCGGUCUUCCGGCGCCAGCCCGAACAGGCGGUGGUGCGACCGGACCUCGUGCAGCGGCUGGACGCCGUCAUCCAGUCCCUCCAGCCACCGGCUCAGCCGCGCGAUUACCUGGUCGAGCUUCACCGAUGCUUGCAAUCGAAGCAAUGGAAGGCCCAAACGCUCUCCAUUAAGAAAAUUGCCACGCUGCUGGCCACCAAGGCCACGUCGCCGGAGGACGAGGCGCCGCAGGUGCGGGAGACGCUCUCCGUGCUGGUCCACCUGUUGCUGUCGCCCGACGGUGCCUCGCUCCACGGCGCCAUCGUCAACCUUGGCAAGGUCAUCACCAAGUCCGCCACCAGCACAACAUCAUCACCAUCACCAUCGUCAUUGCCAUUGCCAUCAACCGCUACCACAACCAUCACUUCUUCUUCCUCCUCUUCGUCGCCGUCUUCUUCUUCUUCUGCGUCGUCGGUCUGGGUCUAUGCGGUAUUGCUGGCGGUCCUCGGCGAACAGCUGACGCCGUGGCUCGCGGCGCUGCUGCAGCGCGAAGGCGAAGGCGACGAGGCGGAGGCGGAGAGGGAUGAGUCGGCGGGACCCUCGUUCGGACUCGCGCCCAAGCUCCCCAGCGUCGCCGCGCUCCUCGAACUGGACGCCGCCAUCACCGUGUUGGCCACCUCCACCGACUCCCUGUGCAUUCUUCUCAAGUACUUCGCGCGCUACAUGCAAGAGUGUCUGCCUCUGCUCGAUCAGCCCAUCGCCACGCCCGCGUCGAAGCAGGCCAUCGAAGACGGCGAGGUGCUGCUCAAGGUCCUCAUCAUCGUCCUGACCCGCUUCACGCCUCAGCUCGUCGACCUCCACCUCAACGCGCCCUCGUCGCACAUUGUCCUCCAGUCCCUCUUCCAGUGCUGCCUGCAGGUGCUGAAGGGACUCAACGAAAAUCGGGACCUCAUCGGCCCGUCUGGUCUGUGCCUGUGCGGAUUCCUCAAGACCAAGCUCCUGAGCGAUGCUACCCGCGCAGGCUCGCCUGAUGCGAUUCCCAGCGAACUGUUGGCGGCCUUCCAGCGCGAGCUCUCGGCGACGGUCUUCGGCACGGAGUCGAUGGAGGGCCAGAGCGGCGCGCUGUCGACCUUCCUCGUGCCCCUGGAGCGCACCGCGGCCAACAAGGACGACGUCCUGUUCCCGUUCAACCUCGCCCACUGCUCGCUGCGGGACCACUUCGUGCGGCUGUCGUCGCACGCCCGGCUGGCCAUCUACCGCGGCAUCAUCAUCUCGCUGCCGCGGGACGCCAUCACCACCCCAGGGCGAGAGCGGAAGGUUACGAUCUUGUGGGACUUCCUCUUCUCCGACUUGUGCCGCAUCUGCGGCACCGGCGGCGAGAUCCUCACGCGCCGCUUCGCCUUCCAAACGCUGGCCGACAUCCUGCAGACCAUGAAGGAGCUGCUCGCCGCCUCCGCCCCGUCGCUCUCCCCCGACACCGUGAUGGGUCCCUUCCAGGCCACGCCCGACCUCUUCUUCGACGAUCUCCAAGUUGCGAUCCUGGAUUUGGUGUGGCUGAACUGGAACGACUCGAGCGAGUCGAUCGUGCAGCAGGUGAGCAAGAUCUUCGAGUACCUGCUCGACGUGUACGACAUCCUUAAGUCGGUCCUGCUGGCCUCGGCCCGCAGGGAGCACUACGAGCACUUCUUCACGGCGCUCGUCGAGCGACUGCUCCACGUGGAGGACCACAUCAAGGCCAAGUACACCACCAUCCAGCUGCUGCUCAACCGCCUCGGCGCGCACCGCAUCUUCAUGAUCAAGCAGGACUUCUUCAUCAACAUGCUGCGCUCCGUCAAGGAACCGACCGCACGCAAUGCUGCAAGCCGGGUCGUCGAGAGCUUCCUGGGUUCGCUCUUCGCCGAGCGCAAGAAGGCCCAUGAACACGACGAAGGCUCCGCCGCGAAUGAAGCCGCCCUUACCGAGUGUCGCCAGGUGUGGGUGGGUCCCACAGUGGAGCUGCUGUGCUCGGCCGAGAAGAGCGAGCGCCAGGGCAUGGUCCUCUACGCACUGCCCUCCAUUCUGGCCGUGUUUCCGCAGGAGACGCCCCACCUGCUCCACGCCAUCGCCCAGUGGAGCGCCGCCAAGCUGCUGCGCGAGGAGGCCCGCGAGCGCACCCUGCGCGGCUCCGCUGCCGCUGCCGCCGCCUCUGCUGGCGUCGCCGCCGCCGCUUCGGCCGUUGGCACCACUGAGUCGGCGCCGAACAAGAUCACCUCCGAGGGUCUGCGGGGCUUCAUCUCGGUGCUCAAGACCGCGCGCAAGAUGGGCCUGAUCGACGCCAAGCACCUCGAGGCCAGCGACGACGAGUCCGCCCCGGCGCCCGAUGCCGACGACAAAUCGACUGAGCCGCCGCCGCCCAAGAAGGGCAAGACCAGCGCGGCCGCGACCGCUACGGCUUCGGCACCGGCGGUGGCGAUGCUGAACCUGUCGUCGGCGCAGUCUGGCUUCCACCUGCCGAUCCCGUCGCUGGUGCGGAUCGCGCUGGGCCACAGCGACGAGGAGCUGCGCAACGAUGCGCUGGAGCUGAUCUGCCUGGGCAAGAAGACGAUCGAGAGCCCGACCUACUUCGAGCUGGACAUGAUGAAGUACUACCUGUGGGUCAACAUCAAGGCCUCGUCGCAGUCCCUCCGGCAGGGCGCCAUCCCCAGGAUCGGCAAAUUCCUCCAGCGCCUCAAGGACUGCGUGUACCACGAGCAGAAGAAGAAGCACGAGCAGAUCAAGCGGAAGCUCCCACCUAUCGAAGACGAGGGCGAAAGUGUCGAGGUGCUCGUUACGGACUUCCUGAAGUGGUACCAGUCGUUCAUCUCCUUCGCGCUCUACCCGAGCGGAUCGUACCAGCGCAAGUCGACCGCCGUCGCCCUCUACCGCGAGCUUCUCAACGUGUUUGGCGCCGACAAGGAGGGCGACUACGGCAAGCUGUCGUCGUGGGAUGCCUACGCGCCCGUGAGUACGGCGGCGCUGGUGCUGACCCUGUGGGACGACAUCGACUCCAUGCGCCACAGCGCCUCCACGGUGCUCGCCGCCUUCCCCUCGCCCCUGCCCGGCUUCUCCGACCCGGCCAAGGUGGCCUCGCUCAUGCGCUGGGCGCUCUGGAUGAUGAACUCGCCCCGCACCCGGGAGACGGAUACGGGUUGUCUGGUGUUCAGGCUCAUCCUCACCAAGUACGUGCUGCCCCUGGGCUGGUACAUCCAGGUGAGCGAGGAGUCCGUCACGCCGCACCUGGCCCACUCGCCCUCCUUCAACCCGCACGAAUUCGCGCCGUCGCAGUUCUUCUUCAGCGAAACGAUCAGUCAGCUGGAGCGCCACAUCGCGUGCGCGUCGGUGGACCUGGUGGGCGCGUCGCAGCGCACGCCCAUCCACGGCCCGCUGCUGGCCAUCCGCUACAUGAUCCAGGACGUCAACUUCAAGGCCCUCAAGGCCAACGUCGACGCUUCGACCGACGGUGGUGGAUCGAAGCAGAUCGCCGACUGGCGCCUCCUGCUCGACCGCCUGCUGGCCUGCCUGCGCAAGGCCACCAACCUCGUGCUGCCCAUCGUGUCCGCCAUCAGCCCCGAGGGCCUCACCUCCGCCCAGACCAUCCCCGAGGAGUAUGAGGUGAGUGGCGUGAUUGAGGGCGAGAGUGACAUCGAGUACGGGACGCCGCAGGGUCAGUACCUGGCGGUCUGCGCAUGGCUCUCCAUCAAGGAGGUGGGCCUCCUGCUCGGCUCCCUCGUCAACGCCGUGCCCGUGGUGAUGGCCGAGGAGGGCAUCAAGGAGGCCGGCGACCUGUUCAUGCACAUCAUGCUGUCCUCGCGCCACAGGGGCGCCCUGGAGAAGUCGUACCUGGGCUUCCAGCUCCUCUCCGAGAACCUCCUGUCCUGCGCCCACCCCGGGCUCUACUCCCUCCCCGGCACCUGGAUUCAACACUUGUUGAAGGUGAUUGAGAACGACGACUUCAAGUCGAUCACGAGGCGCAGCGCGGGUCUGCCCUACUGCUUCUGCGCCAUCCUGCGGGCCGAGACGAUCGUGCUCGGCCGCCGGCGGGGCGGCGUGAAGGUCCUCAUCGCCCAGGCCAUGCAGGCCCUGCUCCGCAUCGCCUCCGGCGGCGACACCCGACAGCUCGAGACCCAAGACGCGAAAUCGGAGGGCGUGGAGUCAGUCAUCGGCGAGCAGGCCCAGGUCCACGCGCUGAACGUGCUCAAGGCGCUCUUCAGGGACUCCUGCCUGCGCCUGGACGUGAUCCCCUACCUCAGCGACGCCAUCAUCAUCGCCCUCAACGGCUACACCUCCACCAGCUGGGGAAUCCGUAACUCGUCGACGAUGAACUUCAGCACGAUCGUGGAGCGCGUCGUGGCCCCGAAGCUGGUGCGCGACGAGCAGUCGAAGAAGAACGCCGCCACCUUCCCCCAGUUCUUCUCCCGCUUCCCUCGGCUCUACCCGUUCCUCCUCCAAAAGUUCCAAGAACAGAUCACCCUCAGCGAAAAGCGGGACAAUGCGAUCAUGUACAGCAGCAUCUACCCGAUGCUUGUGCUGCUGUCGCGGUUGAUGCCGUUCAUGCUCAAGACCAACAAGGCCAACAAGAAGGUGAAGCCCGGGGAGGGCAGCCGGCCUCAGCUUUCGCCCGAGGCCUUCAUCCCACUGGUCGCCAAGUGCAGCGCCAACUCCAACUUCAAGGUGCGCGAGAUGGCGGCCCGGGCGCUGGUGCCUCUCGUCCCUCCCGAGCACGUCGCCGCCUUCAUCACCUCCCUCUUCGCCUCCAUCCCCGACCACGCCGCGGGCAUCGACCACAACCUGGCGCACGGCACGCUGCUCCAGAUCCGACACAUCCUCGAGGCCCACCUGACCUCCAACAACGCGGCCCUCAAGGCCGCGAUAGUGGAGGCGGCGGUGGCGAGCGUGCAGGCCAAGGAAGUGCUCCUGCUGGGCGUCGUCUGCCCGCCCGUCCAGAGCGAAUUCUUGUCCAUCGUCGCCUCGCUCGUCCCCUUUUCGUCCGGCCUCAAGGAGCGCUCCACCCGCUGGGUCUCAUCUCUCCUCAUGAAGCCCGAAACGACGGAGCCGCUGGUGAACACGAUGCGCCACAUCAUGUCGGCCACGCUGCGCCGGAAGGCGGCCACGCUCGAGCUCGCGGCCCUGGUUGAGGGCGGCGAGCGGGAGAAGGCCACAACGCGCCUCCUCGAGCUGAUCGAGGACCUGGACUACGAAGUGCGUGCGCUCGCCAUCAAGUUUGCCCUCAAGGCCCUCCAGUCCGACACCUCGCUCCUGUUCGAUUGGCAGCGCACCUUCUUCGCGCACCUGCGCGGCCUGCUCGACCGAUGGCCCAACGGCGCGACCCGCGAGAACAUCGUCUCCCUCAUGGGCGUCUACCUUUCCCAGCUGCUGGGCAGGGCGGAGGAGGCGCGGGAGAAGCUCGGCGCGGGGGCGCUGAGGGACAUGCUGUCGGUGUGGUCCGGCAUCAUCCAGCAGUGCUCGGUACCCGAGAUGGAGUGGACCUUCCGCCUGGCGGUGGCCCGCUCCAUCCACGCCUCGGGCAUCUGCGACUACAAGCCCGGCACGCGGAAGCUUGGCAAGGAGGUCGAGCAGGCACUCGAGCAGACUUCGCUGACCGCGUGGGCGAUCGUUGUGCGCCUGCUCGAAGACGACGACGACACCGUGCGCGACGAGGCGGCGUUCCUGGUGUCAAAGACGGUGACGCUGGCGUCGCUGACGUCGUCGACCGUGUUCGCCACCUUUGCCUCGUUCUCGCCCGCGUCCGCCCUCCUCUCGCCCACCGCCGCCUACGAGCUCGCCCUCGCCUACCUCUCCGAGCACUUCUCCGCCUCGGCCUUCUACCUCGUCUUCCUCCUCCAGCUCCUCGGCAUCGACCAGUCGCCACCCGCCGCCGCCGACGCCGACGCCGACGCGAUGGAGCUCGAGGAGCCGACGACGGUGAAGGCGCCGUCGCUGGCGGGGCUGGCGGCGGGGCUGCUGGGGCCGGCGGUGCGGCUGCCGGCGCCGGAGGCGCCGGGGCUGUUCGAGCCGGCGCGGUUCGAGGCCGAGUUCGCCCACCUGGCCAAGGGCCAGGCCUGGGGCAACUUUGGCAACGUGCUCUUCGAGAAGGAGGCCGACAACUGGUAUGAGGAGGAGCUGCUGCGGGUGCAGAUGGCGGCCAAGCACCUGCCCAUCGCCAUCACAUCGUUCACGGAGGCCGAGGCCGGUGAGGGCGACGCGACAGCUGCGGCUGCGGAGCUCGAGACGGCGGCCUACCACGCCGGCCUGCUCCGGCGGGUGGCCGCCUGGCUCAAGCGCCAGCAGGAGGGGACCACCGUGUGGGGCAAGUGGGCCAGCUACCAGCGCCACGUGUUCAUCUUCACCGCGAAGCUGCUCACCGUCGUCGCCGUCCUGCUGCCCCACGUUCCCGCGCCUCAACAACUCGAAGGCGAUUUGAACGAGGCUUUGGCGAGCUUGGCGGUGUUGGAGGGACUCAACCCGAUGCUGGCCCACAUUGCCGGGCGCAUCCAGCAGUCCCUUCCGUCCUCGCUGACCGCCGCCGCUGCCGACUCAGCCGCCGUCGAGCACCUUCCCCUCGCCUUCCUUCUCUCCCUCUAA